UAGUCCGAAAUGUUCGAACCGAGACACUGGAAAAAAAGUCGAGUGAUUUGAGGAAGAAACAGUUGGGGGAAAAAUAUCUCAUCUGUUAUUGGUGUUAUUCUCAAACGCGCGCUCAAAGAAGAAGCAUCGAGACCACGGAAGCUCCAAAACAGCCGGCAUACGCGUAGCGGUCGGAUUCGCGGAUAUUAACUCCCACACUGGGAAGAAAAUCGGGGGAAGAGAGUAGAGAGAAGACAGCGGGAGCCGUAGAAAGGCAGCGCGUCGUGUAUUUUCCUUCGAAUUCUACGAAAAAAAAAAAUUCUGCCACACUGCCUGUGCCCAGUAAUAAACAAUUGUUGUUUCUACAAAGUUUUUAAACAAUUAAAAGUGAGUGUGGAAUAAAGUGCAGCCACAAUCUACAAAUUCAAAAUCAAAAAAAGAGUGUUUUCGAAAAAGAAUUCUCAAAAAAAGAAACCAAUAGUUUCUUCCAAAACAUACUCGAAAGAAACACAAGUACUAAAAAAUGGUUAUAAAAUUUUAUUGACAUCCUGUUCUUUUGUGCAAAAAAAAAAAAACCAAAAAAAAAUCAUAAACAUAACAAUCGUCAUAAUCAUAAAUAAUAAAAAUAAUUUCGUUUGACGUUUAAAUGCAAAAAAAAAAAAAGAGAUUUUACUCAAAAAAAGAGAUAGAAUGAACAAAAAAAUAAACAACAAUGAAGAGCAACCACUUUUUUCAAUUGUAAUUUCCGGUGUAGCGGAAUUUCACUGUGCAUUGUGGUUCUUUUUCUCCCUGUGUGUGUGUUGGUGUGUGUGUGUCUGUGUGUAAUGAGUGUGGGAGAGAAAAUCAAGAUGGAAAGAAAAUCUGGAAAAAACAUAAACAGCCCAGAACAACGUGCUUUGAAUGUGUGUGGGUGUUUGUAUCUGUGUGUGUGUUUGUGAGAAAAGAAAACUGAACCCAAAUACAAAUACAAUUCAAAUAAAAUAAAAAACAGUCUUAAGAAAAGUGCAGAUAUUGCCUUUGGUUUAUUGAAUUUAUACUAUAAAAUAAUAAAAUUUAUAAUAUAAAAUAAAUUUUAUAGCCAAGUUUUUGUCUUUUGGCCCAUAUUGAGGUUACAUAAAGAUCCUCCCCCGAAAAUAGAGGUCACUAAUCCUCCAAAAGUAUUUCCAACAUUUACACUAUAGCUGGAAAAAAAAGUAUCUUUACGUUUAACAUGUAUCUGGAACUUAAAACCUGUACUUAGAACUAGUAUUAGCUAAUGAUUGGCAGUAAAUAAUAUUGCCUUACUUAAUAGUUACUUAGAAUAGUUUUCCGUAAACAGAUUCUUAGAAAUUUCAGGGCUUUUUUUUGUACUUUACCCUCGCUGAGCUCAUCAAUUUGCAUUCAAUUAUCAAAGUCAAACGAUUCGGCUUAUCAAAGUCAGUGGGUUAGAGGGGAAACUGAACCCUGACCUGGUACUCUAACUAAAACAUAUUUAACUUUACCAUCUUUGAGAUACUUUUGGCAAGCUGAGAAAAGUUUUAAAGACCGCAAAACUUUGAUUAAACAUAAAACAUUGCCAUUAUGUAGGAAAUAGAGUCUCUGGGUGGGAUGCCAGCUAAUUAAGAUGGAAAAUUUCCUGGGGGAAGAGAAAAGCUAGCCCAUAAGUUUCCAGAAUUUAUAGAAAAAGCAAAAUAGCUGCUUCCUAGAGGCAGAUAAUUUCUGCUCGCGAGUACUUGUAGAUACAAAGAAACAACCACAAACAAACACCAGACCCCAAUGGCUAUAAUAAACAAUUAAAAAUUAUUUACUUGCCUCUGUUGGUGCUCGGAACAGAAAUUGAAUUAUAAACAACACACAAAAUGUAGUAUUCCCCUCAGUAACCUCAAUUUUGGAUCUGGCAAAAACUCAUACCUAAUACAUCAUUUUAUAAUAUAGUAUAUUUGUAUAUUUUUCAGUCUUGGGGCUUAAGUGCAAUACCAAAAUCGAACACUGAAACAUUCCAAAUAAAACAAUAUACUUGAUCAAAGUGCAAUACACAUAUAAUCGACACGAUAUAAUAAAGAAUUAAUCAAAAAUUCUUUGCCAGCAAAACAAUAAUUAAACAAUAUACAUAAAUACAUUAAAACUUAUACUAAAUAAAUAAAUUUACAAUUUUGUGCAAUUUACAUUUAAAAUAUAAUCAUUGAUAAAGAAAGCCUUGAAAAGGUCAAAUACUUUUUGCUAAAAACUCAAAUUAGAUAAAUUGUUAUAAAAUAAAAUAUAUAGUAUAGCUGAUAAACAAAUUGUAUGAAUUUUUGAAUAAAAGUGCUAAAAAAAAACGUUAAAACAACUAGCUGAGGAUUAAAAAUUCCCAAAUAUUAUUCCAUCAUUUUCUAAAUCAUUAUAAACAAAGAAAACAAAAAGAAUUAUUAAUUAUAUCGCUGAAGCUGGCAACUGAGUUGCGGCAACAAUGUUGAACGAGGCCUAAGAUAGAUAGAGCAAAAUAUCUACGGCAGUUAAUACCAUGGUGCGACUGAAAGCUGCAGAGCCACACAGCCAUAGCAGCAACAAUAACAGCAGCAACAUAAGCAACAUUAGCAACAGCAACGGCAACGGUAACAUUGGAAGCAACAAUAAUGCGGGUGGCAGUUGCUCAUCGACCACAUCAUCUACUACCAGUUUGAACAGUAACUCGGCCUCGCCCGCCUGCAACAUGGUCAUGUUGCCGGCACCACCACAGCCCCAGUUGCAGAUAGCACCGCAGCAAUUGCAAUUGCAGCAUGCUGCACCAUUGCAGCCGCCACCGCCGCAGCAGCAGCAAAUGCAACACAUACAGCAGCAACAGCAACAGCAGCAACAACACUCGCCCUCGGACGGUGGAUCGUCGAAUUGCUCGCUGCCGGCAUCCCCUCCGUUGCUGCAACAAACGGCAACACCGCCCCAGGGCGCCCAGAUUGUUCCGCCCGUCUGCGCCCUGCACCAUCCCCAGCAGCAGCUCGCCCUGAUGGCCGCCAUGCAGCAUCACCAUCCCCUGCCGCCGCCACACGCUCUCCACCAUGCCCCGUUGCCACCGCCUCCACCCCUGCCCCUGAACCCCGGUCCGCCGCCCCAUGAAAACGGUCAUGGAGGCGUGUCGCCAAAUGGGGGAGGCGGUGGCUCCUCCGCCAGCAGCGUCAGUAGCCUUUCGAGCGGCAGCGGUGGCGGGGGCAGCCAGGGCAACAACAAUUCCAGCAACGGAACCAACGGCAUUGGUCCGCCGCCGGCGGCGGUUCCUUUGCAGCCCGGUCAGCUGUACAUCCAAUACCAGGGCGAGUUCUAUCCGCCGGAGUACUACAUCGCCCCACAUCCGCACGAGGGCAUCUGCCCGCAGCAUCCACACCAUCCGCACCCGCACCACCACCAGCCCAUGUGCGCCAUGUCAGCGGAAUACGGUCCCGCCACCGUUCAGAUGGUAUCCCAGAACCGGCCACCACCCCCGAUGCCGGUGCCCGUCCAGGUACCGCCAUAUGUCAACGAGAACGGGACGCUCACCCACGUAAUGCUCUCGCCGCAGCAGUACCAGCAGCUCCAUCCGGGCCAAGGACACAUCCAUCCAGGCCCAUUCAUAAGCGCCAAUGGCACAUCGCAUUUCUAUACGCCAGUGGCGGGUUAUCCGGGCCCGGGACCCGCAGGCAAUGGACCACCGCACUUCCAUCUGCCGCCGGUGCCACCGCCGCAGCAACCACCCCAGGGAGCAGCACCCCAGCCCCCGCCGCCGGGCAGCACUGGGGCAACCGUAACUGUGGCAGCUGUUCCACCGCCCCCCACACCGGUUACGGUCCACCCACAUCCGCAUCCACAACACACACAUUCCCCGCACUCGCCCUCGCCUCCCAAUUACAGGGACGAGCGCAGCCAACGGCAGCACACCAAACUUCUAAGGAAACUGGAAAAACAACGGGAGUCGAAUGCUCCUCUGACGACGCCCACACACUCGCCCUCUCCGCGUCGUGCCACUGAAAUCAAUGGACACAACGGCAACAACAUUCCUAUGGGCGCUCAUCUCAACAACCAUCAUCCAGGACGCAGGAUACCCCAUCAGCAGCAAGGCCAGCCGGUCCAACAGAUGCAGCCAGGACAGCCUGGGCAUCAUCAGAUUCACCAGCACCACCACCAACAGCAGCUCCAGAGGAACGGAACACCUCAGCAUGCCCAGCGUGCCGGCAGCAGUGUGGGAACUUCCGAGGAUGGCGAAGACAAUUCCAGUUUGGCUGGCGAGGAAGACGAGGAGGACUACCAGGCUAACAUUGUUGAGCAAAUCUCGGCCAUUGAGAAGCCCGAGGUGAUAGAUAUAACCUCCAGAGCCGCCAAGAUCAUCUGGGAAUCGCCAAGCCUAAUAGACUCCCUGCUGGAUAUGCAGCAGUUGCGCUACCAGGUCCUCCUCAGCGAUUCCGGUAAACAGUGCAAGUACAAGAGCCUGUAUCGCGGGGAAGCCAACGAGUGUAUUGUUCAGGAUCUGCAGCCCGGCCAGGACUAUCUGGUGCGACUGCAGGUGCUCUACCAGAAGCUGCAGGGAGCGGUCAGUGAUCCUACCGAGUUUCGGACACCGGCCUGUGAACCGGAUCAACCGCCGCCACCUAAACUAGUGUCGCGCACUAAAAGCUCCAUUAACCUGCGAUGGGCUGCCCCGGCGGCGAACGGUUCCAGUAUACUCCACUAUCUUCUAGAGUACGACGAAGGACGAACGGUGGCCGGACAGCCGCAGAAGUUUGUGGAGCUAGCCAAGAUCAAGGCCAAGCACUAUGUGAUUGGGAAACUGCAACCAACAACCGUUUACAGUUUCCGUUUGGCGGCCGUGAAUGAUGUGGGCCAGAGUCCCUAUUCCCCAAUUGCCAGUUACAGCACCGCGGGAACACCGCCUCCAGUGCCAAGACCUCCUCAAUUGAUCGGAAGCACUUCCAACUCCUUGAAGCUGGGCUGGGAGCGCAGGGCUCAGGAUGGUGACUUUCUGUUGCAGCUGCAGGACUCCGAAUCGGGGCAUGGCUACCUGAACACCUACAAAGGAACAGAGCUGCAGACCGAGUGCCUCCAGCUAAAGCGCGCCAGCAGCUAUCAGUUCCGUUUGCGUUCCGAAAACGAGGCUGGAUGCUCGCCCUGGUCACCGGAGGUGAGCUACAGGACCAUGGCGGAGCGACCUGGUAGACCCGGGAAGCCCCAGGCCAAGGGCAAGAUCCAUGGCACACACUUUAAGGCCCGGUGGGAUGCCCCUAGUGAUGCCGGUGGCGCUGAGAUUCUACGCUAUCACCUGGAGCUGAGUGCCGCUGGUCCGGCUUUCGAGAGGAUCUACAGUGGUGGCGAGACGGAGGCCAUGUGCGAGCGGCUGCAGCCUGGCACCACAUACGCCCUGCGUGCCUGCUGCGAGGGUCCAGCCGGACAGAGUCCCUAUUCCGACAUCGGGCAUGUGACCACGGAGGCAGUGCCUCCAGCUGCCCCGCCACCGCCUCACUGCAGCGAUCCACCGUCACCGUACGCCGCUCUGCUGAAGCUCCAGCAACCGGAAUACAAUGGUGGUGCACCCAUCCUGGAGUUUGAGGCCCAGAUGCGACGCCUGGAACAGGUGCAGGCACCUCAGCUGGUCUACCGCGGCAAGCCGGCGUACUUCGUGGCCCAGGACCUAACCCCCGGUGGCAUGUACGAGGUCCAGGUAAGGGCCAUCAAUCGCAUUGGAGCCGGCAACUGGUCGCAGUGGAUGAGAUUCACAGCGGCGGCCGCUGCGCCCGGAGUUCCCGAGGAGCUGCGCGUGCAGGUGAAGUCGGCCACCCAUUUGAGUGUCAGCUGGCAGCCACCACUGCAGGACAAUGGAGCGGCGGUGACCGGUUAUACACUGAAAAGUGCCAGCCAAGAGCGAAAGGAACAGGAGGAACCGGAGGAGGUGAAGGAGCCGGCGAGCUCAGAGUUCCACAACUGCUACCAGGGAGCUCAGACCUGUGCCGAGUUGCGCAACCUGGUUCCCUUCACGCGCUACCAUUUCCGCAUCCUGGCCAGCAAUUCUGCUGGCAGCGGACUACCCUCCGAUGUGAUAACCGUGUGCACCCCGGCCGCCGUGCCCGGUGCUCCGCAGAUGCAGGGCUACGAGUUCACCGCACAAGAGGUGACCCUCAACUGGACCCAGCCGCCGGCUCACGGCUCGGCCAUUUGCUCGUACAAUAUUGAGUACGGAGAGCGUACCAUCGCCACUCCGGAUGCCUGCACCCGGUACACGGUGAGUGGCCUUCUCCCGGAGACGGGCUACAAGUUCCGUGUCCAGGCGGUGAAUGCCAUCGGAGCGGGAGCCUUUAGUGCCUAUGCCAAGCUGACCACCCAGCCAGCUCCACCGGCGCCGCCGCGUUUGGAGUGCAGCGGAGCUGGUCACAACUACAUCAAGCUGAAGUGGGGCGAGAACCCCGGUGGAAAGGUGGGCAACGGCAACUCUUCGUCCUCCGGCGGCAAUGGCGGUGACUUUACCAAGUACUUUGUGGAGAUGUACGUGGCCCGUGCGAAGCAGUUCCAGGCCGUCUACUCCGGCACCAAUUGCAUGUGCAAGGUCCACAAAUUGCAGGAGCGCAGUAGCUACACCUUCCGGAUCUAUGCCCAUACGGAUCGUGCCGGUGACGGUGACUACUCCGAAGAGUUUGUGUUCGAGACCACGGCCACCCUGCCGGCGAACAUAAAGCCACCCCGUGUCGUCCAUGAGGGUAGUGUAUGCCUCAUGGAACUACCCGGGCAGCUGGGCAUGCAACUGACUUUGGAGUGGCAGCACUCGAAGAACUCCUUCCACGAUCGCGUGGAAUACGAACUGCAGUAUGCCGUCUUGGGAGCCGGCGACCUGGAGGGAGAGUCCCCCACGUCCAAGGGGCGCAGCAGCAGUUCCAGCGGCAGCGCCAGCGGUGCACCCGUUAACCUGGCCAAUCAGGACUACAGGGAGCUGUAUCGCGGACCCGAAACCAAGUUUAACAUUGACAAUCUGGCGGCCGGGACUUGUUACCAAUUCCGCGUAUGUCCUGUAAGGAUAGCCGCGGGCGGAGAGCUUAUCUACGGCCAACCGUCGAGUCCUUUGCGAUACCAGGUGCCCAGCGACCUGGACGCCAGCUCGGUGACCUGCCACCAUCAUCUGCACGGCUCGACGGCACCACCAGCGGCCGUGGCCACCACGAGUCAGAGGAGCAGCCGCAAACUGUCGGCUGGCAAUGGUUCCGCCAAUGGACUGCACCUGAGAUCGGUGAGUGCCUCGGCGAUUAGCGGGGCCAGUGGCGUGGGAGCUGAUCCGCUGGCCAUCGGUCGACUGCAGCAGGAACUGUCCGGUUUCAAUGCGUGCGGGGAUCCCCUGCACCAUCAUCAUCACCAUCACCAUCACCACCAUCAGCCGUGUGGCGGAGCCGGGCCAUCCGGUGGGGGUUCCGGCGACGCAGGACAUCACCAUCAGCAUCACAUGCACCAACACCACUCGCAUCACAUGCACCACGCGCACCAUCCGCACACCGGUAUGGGCAUGGGCUCCUCCAACUCCUUCGGUGCCGGCUCCUCAUCCUUAACCUACUCCUCCUCGGGCUCCUCAGCGGCGGCGGCCAUCUCCUCCAGUUUGGCGCAGGCGGGUGGCUUGAGGCGACUCCUGGGCAAGCUUACAUCGCUCUACUCCAACCGGAGGCGACUCAGCGACCAGCAGAAGGCGGUGUGCAUAGUGGUCUCCUUCCUGGUGGGCACAUUCCUGGUGGCCAUGCUUGUCAACAUGCUGAGGGGCUAAGAAACCACACGUGAAAACCACAUCCUUGAUUCACAAAAAAAAAAAAACAAAAGGACUCCCAAGGAAAAGUUAAAACAAAACAUAAAAAAAAACACUUUAUGUCUCAAAGAAGUGAUUUAAAAGAAUUAGUUGUAAUUAUGUAUUUUUUAUAUGUAUACUGUAACAGAAUCAAACAAAAUCAAACUGUAUAUUAUAUAAUUUUAACAAAACAGCAGAAUACACAGGAAAAAUUAGCAAAAGAGAAAAAAAACAAACGUGAAGAAAUUAUGAAAAUUCCCCUAAAUGUAUUAAAUGUACACAAAAAAAGAAACAUAAAACAGCAACAUUCACACACACACACAUACACAUACAGCUAAAUGUUAAUAAUGGUAUUUACUUAUAAAUAUUUGUUGUCACAAAAAGAAAAAAAAAAACAAAAACGAAAGUUUAAUCUCCAUAUGUGCUAUAAACAAAAAAAAGAAAAAUUAAAAAAUAAUAUGCUCGCCAGUACUUGUCAAACCUGUUCCGCAAAUGCUUCUCAAACUGUUACUCGUAUGUGUCGCGGUGUUGUAAUUUGCAUUUGAAUUUCGUGUAAAAUACGUUUAGAACUUUUUUACCAAAACAUCUUUUCCAACAAAAAACAAAUAAAAUACAACUAAUGGGAUCUAGAUAGCUGGUCAACAAAUUGCACCAACUACAUAUAGGCCUAAAAUAUAUAAAACACAAAAAUAAAACACACACUCCUAAGUAGCUAAAAAGAUGUAACAGAAUUGAUGGGGAAUUAAAGGUGACAUUGAAUGGAGAGCAAAUGCAGAACGAAUAAUUAAACGAAAAGUAUGAAUUUAUUAGACUACUAGCAACAGGAUUCAGUGCUGUACUAUACAAUUGUUUACCCUAUCGCUCCAAUCUACGCAGAUAUAUAUAUAUAUAUAUGUAUAUAUAUAUAUAUUAAUAUAUAUGUAUAUGUAUAUGUAAAACAGCAGACGCUUCUUUCAUUCUCACAAACUUUUUAUACGAAUUAUUAAACAAUUUAUUAUAUAAACAUAUUAUACGACAACAACAAACAAAAUAAAAACAAAUUAUUGAAACCAAGGCAACCCCAGUUGGGGCUGCUAUAUCCGAGUUGGUAAAAAUAAUACGAAAUUAACAAACAACUGUUGCAUUUCACCAACCGACUAACUAAAAACGAAAAACUAUAAACAAUUUGAUCCCGACAUUUUUUUGUAGGCUGUCCAUCUGGCUAUAGCAGCCCCAACUAGGCAAAGUGAUUUAUAUUCCAAUUAUUAUUAUUUUUCUAAAUAAAUAAAUUAAACUAAA